GCAUUGGUUUCUAUGUCAGUACUGUAGAAGGAUAGAUAACGAAAGAUGAAAGAGAUAACUUAGUUCAUAUUCCAAAUCGACAGCAGCACUAAUCGGAAUUGGGAUUUUAAGUACAGCAAUCGCUUUCUUUGACACAACCAGGAAUGACAGGGAGAUUGAAUUAACAUAUAAUUCAACCUAUGUGAAAGAUCAGUAAAGUAAGAUCUGCUAUCACUACAGGAGUUUGGAAACAAGAGCAACAAGAAAUAUUUGAUGCAGUUAGUGCAAUGGAAGAAUGAACACAGAUACUACACAAAACCUCUAAACCUUUUUGUGUUUCUUACCAUCCAAGCUUUUUCUUCUCUGAGCUGUGAAACUCUUCAGACAUCUGUGGAAAUGGCAAAUGAAACAACAGAGCUAGAUAAUUAUAACAGAGCCUACAUUGCAGUGGAGACUGUGAUCGGUAUAUCAGCAGUUUUGGGCAACAUCCUGGUUAUCUGGGCAGUGAAGUUGAACAAAAGUCUUCAGAAUACAACUUUUUUCUUCAUUGUGUCACUGGCAUUUGCAGAUCUUGCUGUGGGAGUCCUGGUUAUGCCCCUGGCCAUUGUAGUAAGCCUGGGGAAACCAUUACAUUUUCACUCCUGUUUGUUUAUGUGCUGUCUGAUAAUCAUUUUAACCAACGCAUCAAUCCUUUCCUUGCUGGCAAUAUCCAUUGACAGAUACUUGAGAAUUAAGAUUUCUACUAGGUAUAAAAUUGUGAUCACACCUAGGAGAAUCUGUCUGUCCAUCUGGUGUGUCUGGAUUAUAUCCUUUCUACUUGGGCUGAUACCAAUGUUUGGAUGGAACAACAGGUCCAAUUUAAAGGAUGAAGAGCGAGACUACUUGAACUGCAAGUUCCUCAGCGUUAUUAGAAUGGACUACAUUGUCUACUUUAAUAUUAUUGGAUGGGUUUUUUUCCCUUUAAUAGUCAUGCUGGCUUUAUAUAUUGAGAUUUUCUACCUGAUAAGAAAACAAUUAACAAAAAGCACCUCAAGCAAUGGAGUUUUUUUUGGCAAGGAGUAUAAGACUGCAAAAUCCCUAGCACUGGUCUUACUGCUGUUUGCUCUCAGCUGGUUGCCAUUGUCCAUUCUCAACUGUUUAAUUUACUUUAGCCCAAAUAUUGUGAUGUACAAGGCAUUCCGGCCGGCUAGUUUCACAGCCAUUUUGCUGUCUCAUGCUAACUCUGCAAUGAACCCCAUCAUUUAUGCAUUCAAAAUUAAAAAAUUUAAAGAUACAUUCAUUCAGAUUAUAAAAACAUACUUCCUCCAUAGGCGAAUGUUAACUGAAGAUUCGAGUGGGGAGCACACACUGGAUGAAAUAACUCAGGAGAGAUCAUAAACACUGUAGAGUAUCAAGAAAAAUAUUCAAAUCUAUUAUAUCCUGGUAGGUUGCUACAUCUGCCGGAUUAAUGACUGACAUAUCUUGCAUCUAUUUCAUUAAUAGACAUUUCAGUAUAUUUUAUAUUAUGCAAACUGCUUACAGGAUACUGUACAUAUUGCAUAUUAGCACAUGCUGGAAAUAAAUGUUGCCAAAUAAUAAAAUAA